AUGGGGGACCUGUCAGUUCCACCGCCUGCGUUCAUUAAUACUACGACGAUUGCAUCACCACCGGUAAGUCAAACAUCGACAACGGUCAGCGCGUCUACUCAAACAUCGACCAUGGUCAGUAUAGCGACCCAAACGUAUACGUUGUCGAAUAAAUCUACUCAAACGGCAACAAUGAUAGAUGCAUCGGUACCGGCACGUAAAGCCGUGAUCAGCGAUGGUCAAACGGCGGUGGUUAUUCAACAUAUGCCGCUGCCGUUUAUCAAGACGACUAUACCACCAGCGACGAUUGUGGACCUGUCGGUUCCACCGCCUGCGUUUAUUGAUACUACGACCAUUGCACCACCACCGGUAAGUCAAACAUCGACAACGGUCAGCGCGUCUACUCAAACAUCGACCAUGGUCAGUAUAGCGACCCAAACGUAUACGUUGUCGAAUAAAUCUACUCAAACGGCAACAAUGAUAGAUGCAUCGGUACCGUCACGUGAAGCCGUGAUCAGCGAUGGUCAAACGGCG